AUGGUUGAUAAAUAUUCUUUAUCAUCAAUUAAAUUAGAUAAAUUAAUAUCACAUAGAAAUGAAGAAUUAAUUGAAAACAAUUUCGAUAUUGAUAAAAAAUGUUUUUACAUGAAAACAGUUGACAUAACAUCUCGUCUUGGACAAUUUGCUUGGCGACAAAUAACACCUUCAACAAUUCUAUUACCUGUCAUAUUUAGACAUACCUUCCAAUAA